UGAAUUAACGUAGAAUGCUCUAAUUUCGUAUAGGAAUUCUUCGUUAUCAUUUGUUUACAUUGUACUGACGGUUGGUUGUCAUUUGUUUGUUUUGUAGGUAAACACUACGUUUUUCAAGCUUUUUCCACCUUUACGAGCUUUUUUCUUUUAUUAAAUAAAAAAUCCAUCAUCAUCACCUUUUGAGAGUUCCUUUUUUUACUGACUGAUUCUACUUUUCUGAAAAUGCAAUCUCCAAAGAGUUUUCCUCACUUAGAAGAUCGUACUAAUUCUCCAGGAGUCGUUGGUUCUUCAGAUGAUUAUGUUUACGCCAUUUGGAUAGUCCCUGCUUAUUCUUCAGACAUUGAAAAGAGAUAUCGUAAAUUUACCAAAUGGGCCUUGUCUCACGAGGAUGAGUUUGAAGACAUGCAACUUCCUACUGCUCCCCAUGUGACGCUUGCUCGCGGUAUCAACUUAAAACCAGGUCAGUCUUUUGUUAGUGUUUUAAGGCACAUUGCUUCAAAAAAGGUUUCUUCCAUGGACAUUAAAUUCGGAAAACUCGCUGUCGGCGAUACAUACUAUGAACGUGUUUAUGUUCAGGUUGAACGAACUCCUGCAUUAAAUGAACUCCAAACUGCUGCUUAUGAGCUUGCAGACGAUACUCCUGAUAAUAAGAUUGUAGAACCCUUAAUGCCGCUUGUUUACGCAAAGUCUGUAAAUCAUUAUUAUGGUACAUCUGACCCUGUCGAAACCUUUUCUUCCAUCAGCUCUGUGAAAUGGGAAAACCCCUCAUUCCUUGAAUUAGUCCAAGUGAACAAAACUACUCAUCAAGGAAUUAUAUGUGACAGAAUUGAGUUAUCUUGAACCCUUUUUUAUCGUUUAAUUUUGGUUUCAACUCUGGACGUUAACUUCUCUUUCGUAUUCCUUUGUGCCCUUGUUUGUCUACGAUUACCAUUGUACCUUUCACUUUGUUUUUCAUGGCUGUAUACGUCUAUGGUCUUCAUGCAAACUCAAGCAAUAAAUAGUACUUGGACACCCUUUUUUAAUAAAAAAUCUUCUUCUAUCUUCAUUAUCUUCACGUCUUAAAUUGUUAUUCAUUUAUAUUUUAUUUUUCCCUUCUAACACAACAACCACUUCAUUUUGUAAUUUCUCAUAUUUCUCGGAAACCUAUCUUUCAUCUUAAAUAUCAAUAAAUAUUCUGUCC